UCUGUUCGUUGGAGGCAGUUGACGAGCUUUUCACUAAGUGCGAUCCAAUCUGACUGAAGAUGGCUGCAGGCAAAGCAAGAAUUGGACAUCUAGCCCCAGACUUCACAGCGAAAGCGAUGAUGCCAGAAGGAGACUUUAAAGACCUAAAGCUGUCAGAUUACAGAGGAAAGUAUGUUGUCUUUUUCUUCUACCCACUGGACUUUACGUUUGUGUGUCCGACUGAGAUCAUCGCCUUCAGUGACGCUGCUGACCAAUUCAGGAAGAUUGACUGUGAAGUCAUUGCUGCCUCUGUAGACUCUCACUUCUCUCAUUUUGCAUGGACCAGCACGCCGCGAAAACAGGGCGGCCUGGGCUCGAUGAAGAUCCCGCUGGUGUCCGACAUACGGCGCACCAUCUCCACAGAUUACGGCGUGCUGAAGGAGGACGAAGGCAUCGCUUACAGGGGCCUGUUCAUCAUCGAUGACAAGGGCGUCCUGAGGCAGAUCACCAUCAAUGACCUCCCAGUCGGUCGUUCUGUUGAAGAGACCCUGCGUUUGGUUCAAGCUUUUCAGUUCACCGACAAACACGGAGAAGUCUGCCCAGCCGGAUGGAAACCAGGAAGUGACACCAUCAAGCCCGAUGUCCAGAAAAGCAAAGAUUUCUUCUCUAAGCAGUAAUAAACCCAAGGCCAGAGUCUGCUGCCUGUUGUAGGAGAUUUAAUCUUGUGAUUUGAUUUCCAACAAUAUUAGGUCAGCAGGCAACGUUUUAUGUAUCCUGUUUGUAGGCUGAACUGUGUACUUGGGUGGAAGUAUAAUUUUGUUGUGGUAGUGUCAGGUUUAUUUUUGGACAGAUCUUCAAUAUUAACUACAGACACGUCUGUUGAUGCUAACCACCUGUACUCAGUGGGUUUAUUUUUAAUACAGUAAAGAAAAGUUAUUUCAUUCAAUACAUGUGUUCCACAUUUACUGUUAUAUUUUAUAGUGUUGAAUAAAGAGCACGUUACUUAUUUUAAUGCCAGACUUUUCACACACACCUGGUCAAACGUAAUAAAAAUGUUAAAAGAC